AUGUCGCUCCCAAACUUCUUCUGGAAGCGCGUCAAUGUUGUUGUCACGGCAUCCACGACUCCCGCUGAGAUUGCCGAGAUGGGACACGAUCCAUGGUCAAAGUCUGCAAAAUAUGGACAUGGCUUUGUGUACUUCGCACUCGUGCUCCUCGUAACGACAUCUUUGGUCCGCUUCCACAAUGUCUGGGGAGACAAGAUUCGGAUUGCCAAAUACAAGGAAGGUCAACCGGUCUUCUUUGACGGUUCUGCCCUAUAUGUCCCAGGCCCAGAAAAUCCCGACAUCACAAGCGCAGGAACAGACGCCUCGACUACUCAAAUCUUUCCAAAGCCGCAGCCGAAACCAGAGAUCGCAAACAGAGAAUCCCUGCUCCAUAGAGUCAUUCCACUGCGCAGGACGGUAGCCCUGAUGCGCUGGUUUUUCUAUCGGCCUGUGCCGUCUUUCAGAAUCGGCCGCUUCUCCAUCAUCUUCCCAUCGUUGGCAGUGACAGCAAUUGUGCUGACUGCACUUGUCUUUGUAGUCUGCUACUGCUUCAUCCCUCAGCCUUUAUUCUAUUCCUCCAUCGCUCUUGGAUCGCCUCCUGUGGCCAUUCGAGCAGGUAUGCUGGCUGUCGCGAUUGUUCCUUGGACCGUGGCAUUGAGCACCAAGGCCAACUUGAUUUCCCUGCUUACGGGGCUAAGCCCCGAGCGCCUGAACGGACUACAUCGCUGGUCUGCUUAUAUUUGCCUUUUCUUGAGCCUUGUGCACACUGUACCAUUUUACAUCACACCCAUCUGGGAGGAUGGCGCGUUGAUCAACUACCGCAAGUUCAUAACCGUUCCAACAUACGUAUACGGCACUGGACUCGCAGCUCUUGUUCCUCUCUUGGUUCUAUGCAUUCAUUCUCUUCCUCUCCUGCGAAAAUAUGCGUACGAACUGUUUUUGACUAUACACAUCCCAGUAUCGUGGAUCUCCGUGGCGAUGAUGUUUUGGCACACCAAGAAUUUUCUCUCCUCGUGGGGCUAUCUCUGGGCGACCGUCGUCAUUUGGAUGACCACCUACAUCCUACGCUUCCUCCAUUUGAAUUGGUCCAAUCCACUCCGCCCGGCAGCUUUCAUGGUGGGAGAAGAGUGCACGGUGACUCUUCUCCCCCAAGGGGCCGUCAGAGUCACUGUACCAACCCGUAUGCGCUGGCGGCCUGGCCAGUAUGUGUAUCUCAGCAUGCCAAGUGUUGCGUUUUUCCAAAGCCAUCCGUUCACGAUCACGUCGUUGUGCAGUGAUGACUUUCCAUCACGAUAUGGCGAGGAGUACCGGGACUGCGUUUUGGUCUUCCGGCCUCUGGGUGGGUUCACACGAAAGGUCUUCCGCCAGGCGUUGUGGAACAGCCCUCUUCACACGUAUUCCGCAUUGCUGGAGGGACCGUAUGGUGGCAUGCAACGAGAGAUGGCUGCAUUCAACAGUGUCGUCUUUGUCGCUGGAGGAAGUGGAAUUACUGCGGUUGUCAGUCAACUUUUGGAUCUGAUCAAGAAGGUGCGAGAUGGUAAGGCGAUUACCCGCUCGAUCAGAGUCAUUUGGGCUUUGAAGGGACCCGAAACUAUGGAGUGGUUCCAGCGAGAGCUUCGCAUCUGCAAAGACCACGCUCCCGCCGGAAUUUUCCAAUGCCAAUUCUUCCUCACUGGUGUCAAGAAUGUCAAGGAAGAUCGUGAUCUCGCCCAGACGAGGAUCCGGGAUAUGCUGCAGGGCAACGAAAGGCAAUCUUCAGUCCCUAUCAGUGAGAAUGUCGAAGGCCACGCGGAAUACCAGCAGCAGGCUUGGCGCACGAGUCAAGGUGGACUUGCCGGCAUGCCUCGUGCAGAUGCAAAUCCUCAUGUUGUCGACCACCCCCCCUCAAUCGCACCAGGACCAGCGGUCCAUCUUCCCCCUGGACCAAGAGAAAGAAACUGGCACAUUGACUAUCAUCGCCCUGACCUCUCCCAGAUGCUCAAUGAGUGUUCCAGGACCUUUGGCAGACGUGCUUGUGUCUUUGUGUGCGGACCACCCAGCAUGCGAACUGAGGUAGCAAGAGCUGUGGCCAAGCUCCAGCUGCAGGUAAUCACAGACAGUGCGCGAGAUGAAAUUUUCUUGCACGCAGAAAACUACGACGUAUGA